AUGCCCUCGAAACCAAUCAUAUUCGUUCCAGUAAACAAAGCAAUCGGGAAUUCCAUGAGGAAAACUGACCACCUGUUGCAUUUACAACUCUCCAUGAUUGCCAAACUUCUUCUGGCUGGGCGAGGCCGAGCUCGAAAGAUGCAACGCCGAGUACAACUGGCGAUUUCGACUGUAAAAGAUAACUCAUGGCGGCCAUCUGGCGUCGUGGAACAGGCGCGUCUGCUCCUACGUCGCUAUGUCCUACGCGAUCCUUGUAGAGAGCCGCGUGAGAGCCGAAAAAGCGCCUGUCGAGGCGCGUCCGCUCACUGUGUGACCGGGCACUUGAGCGAUGAGUUAUGGAUUUGA